GGGAGACUACUCUAAAUUAGAAUAUUUUUGGAGGAAAACUUGAACGUUAUAGUUUUGUUUAUUGUUGAAAUUGUUGCUAACAAGCUGUAUGUUUUGAAAACCUGAUGAACAACUAAAAGGAUGAAUUUUUCCGAACUAUUUCGGCAGUCGAACCAAAUAUGCAAGUUUUCCCCAGAUGGGAAGUACUUGGCGUCAGUUGUAGAGUUCAGAUUGGUCGUCCGAGAUGUUGACACAUUCCAGAUUCAGAACCUGUUUAGCUGUAUGGACACCAUACAGCAUAUCGAGUGGUCGGCCGACUCCCAGUUCAUCCUGUGUGGAUUGUACAAGCGCGGCCUGGUGCAGGUCUGGUCGCUGGAACAGCCGGAGUGGAAGUGCAAGAUUGACGAGGGAUCAGCAGGAUUGUGUGGUGUCAGAUGGAGCCCAGACAGCCGACACGUUCUAACAACUGCAGAUUUCCACCUGCGGAUCACAGUCUGGUCCCUUGUUACCAAAUCUGUAUCCUACAUCCGAUACCCAAAACAAUGCCAGAAUAACAUUGACUUCUCGGCAGAUGGCAAGUAUAUGGCUUUGGCUGAAAGGAGGGACUGUCAAGACUUCAUCAGCAUUUUUGCCAGCAGUUCCUGGGAACUUCUCAAACACUUUGAGAGCAGCACCGAAGACCUGGCUGGUUUGAGAUGGUCCCCAGACAGCUCAGUUCUAUGCGUUUGGGACAACCCCUUGAAUUACCUGGUCAUGUUGUAUUCUCUCGAUGGUCGAUGCCUUUCAAAGUUCAGUGCGUACGACUAUGCCCUGGGAAUCAAAACCUUGACAUGGUCCCCCACAAGUCAGUUUUUGGCGCUAGGAAGUUACGAUGAAAAAUUGAGACUUCUGAAUCAUGUCACAUGGAAAACAAUCACCUCUUUUUCCCAUCCAGAAACUGUUGAUGAAAACUCUGGAGUAGUUUACAAGGAAGUUGAGACCAGAACUCCAAAGCCAGUAAAAAGUAAUCUUACAGAUAUUCCAACAGCUGCCCUUUUCUCUCCCCAGAGCAAAUAUGAGGUUCAGUCUGGCCCUGUGAAAAUCCCAAUUGUGAAACCAGAUACAAAUAAGGCGAACCCUAAGAGGGGCAUCGGCCUGGCAGCGUUUAGUUCAGAUUGCAAGUACAUGUUCUCAAGAAAUGACAAUAUGCCUCACACUCUAUGGAUCUGGGAUAUUCAGAAGCUUUCCGCAUGCGCUAUCAUAAUCCAAAAUGCUCCAAUCAAGCAUGUGGAGUGGGACCCCACAAGGACGAGGCUGGCUCUAUGUACAGGUGUGAAUAAACUUUACAUGUGGUCCCCAGCGGGUAGCUUAUGCGUCGAGGUCCCUGUUGAGGGCACCUUUCAGGUACAUUCCCUGAAAUGGCAUCCAGAUGGCGGAUCCUUGCUUUUGCUGGGAAAAGACAUGAUGUGUAUUUGUUACUUGAAUGAUGUGAAUACACAAGAUGGUGAUGAAACUGUUGAAUGAAUGAUAGAAUCUAUGAUAUAUAUAUGUAUAUCCUGUGCUUGAGAUUAGAUAUGAGGAAAAUGAAAUUCUGUUAAAUUACAGUAAUAAAGAAAGGAAUAGGUGAAAUUAUUGUAAUGAGAAAUGUACAUUCAUAGUGAUUGGGAAUCAGAUAUGUGAAAUUAAAGCAAUGAGGUAAAGGUUAUUUGUAAUUAGAGUGAUGAAGAAAAUGACAGGUGAAAUUAGAGUAAUGAGGAAAAUGUUACUUGUAAUUAGAGUGAUAAAGAAAAUGUUACGUGAAAUUAUAGCAAAUAGGAAAAGGUUAUGAGGAAUUUUAGUAAUGAGGAAAAUGAUGUGAAAUUAGAGUAAUGAGCAAAACAUUAUGUGAUAUGAGAGUAAUGAGGAUAUAGUUUUGUGAAAUUAUAGCAAUUCGAAAAAAGGUUAUGAGGAAUUUGAAUAAUGAGGAAAACGAUGUGAAAUUAGAAUACAAAAUGAGGAAAUAGUUAUGUGAGUUAUAGCAAUGAGGAAAAAUGAUGUAAAAUCAGAGUAAUGAGUGAUGAUGAUGUGAAAUUAUAAAUACGAGGAUAAGGAAAGUGUUUGCUACAUGUAUGUGUAAAACCAGGACUUCCUUUGUGUUGUAACUGAUGCUGGUUCCAGUUGAUAUAAAUUGUAACCAAGAUAUUUUAAAUGAAGCUAAAUAAUUAAAAGCUGAGCUGAGUAAAGAUGUAAAAUUGAUUUGAAAUGGAUUUCCAAUACAGAAUGCAUUCAUAUAUACACUGGUUCAUGAAAAGGGACAUAUUUUGAUUCCACAAUUAUUACAUUAAUUUACAGAACUGCAAAACUGUGUUUGUUUAUAUUAUACACUUGCUAGACUGUUAUAUACAUGUUAUUUGGUGUCUCAAAAAGACAAAACAAAUCCUUAAAGUUUGACUGUGAUACAAUAUUGAACAUUUAACAUUUUCAUAAUACUUAAAACAUGUAAUAUUCUGUAUUGUAUGCUAUUAUUGUAGACUAUUGUAUUUAUAAGUAAGAAUACAAGUGCUGUUUAUAUUGUAGACAUCUGAAAAUGUACAAAUAGCAA